AUGCGGCGCGCCGCGCUCCGCCUGCUGCUCCUGGCCCUCGCCGCCGGCUGCUGCCGCUCGCUGCCCGGCACAGGUGAGCGGGCUCGGGCGGGGCUGCGGGGCGGGCAGGGCUUGGAGGCGGGGUCCCCGGUCCGGCCCCGGGGCAAGCUGGAGGAUGUCCGUGGUGUGAACAGCAUAUCUGUAGACUGGUUCACAGGGCAGGUGUACUGGGCCAGCAGCCACCCCCAGACAAUCUGUGCUGGUCUAAGUGAUGGCCGGGGAUACAUCAAGGUGCUAGAGAAGAACUUGGUACCUGAGCAGCUGACUGUGUAUCCAGCAAAAAGGUACAUGUACUGGGUGAAUCACGGUGAGAAGGGCAGGACGAUGAUUGAGGCAGCAGGAAUGGAUGGCUCUGACAGACAAGUGCUUGCUGUUGUCCCCAUGGAAGAACCUUUGGGACUGACUCUGGAUUCCAUAACUGGCAGACUGUACUGGAUCAGCGAGUAUAAGGAGUCCAUAGAAACCAUAAAAGUGGAUGGCAGUGGGCGAUAUUCCUUUCCAGAGAUCUUACUGAAAGAUCAGGACCCUUUGGGUCUCAUGGUGUUUGAGAACUGGUUCUUCUGGGCAGACCAAGAAAAACUCCUCUCUGCUUCCCGCAGCUCACCAGGGGAGACAGUGGUGCUGGUGAACACCUCCAUCUCUGCAUUCACUGUGCUGCAUGAACUCCAACAGCCUCCAAAGCUGACCUUCCUGUAUUCAACUGACAAAAUGAUCCACUUACUACAAGUGGACCCAAAGGGUUUGGCUCUAAAGAGCACCCUGGUGCUGGAGUGGCCACAUAGCAUCCACCUGCAGGAUGUCGACUGGAAAAGACACUUCCUCUACUGGACAGAUGAUGAAGGGGACCUGAUGCGCUUCAGUAAGCACCCACGAAGGAAAGAAGCCAUCCAAACCGGGCUGCCAGUUUGCUCAGCAGCUGUUGAUCUACCGUCCGGUGACAUCUAUUGGCUGACGUGUGACAGAACUGACAUCCGAGUUACCCGAUUCAUUGGCAUGGCAACCAGCGUGCUCUACCAUUCCAAGAGCAUCAUCACACACCAGUUUCUAGACUGGCAGAGAGCAACCCUCUAUUGGCUUGAGAAUGGGAAACCCCUCCAGCAGAUGAACCUGGCUGGAGGUGAUGUGCAUGAUGCCUGGAAUGAAACCUGGUCAGGAGACAUUGAAAUCGCUCUGGACACACAGGCCUUCAGCAUCCUCUGGAGUUCAAAAGACCUGGGCCUGCAAGUUCUGAGCCUUGCCAAGCAUCAGAAAGAUACUCUGAAGACCAGCUGGAUGUAUGGGAUAGCCACUGCCUAUGAACCCUACCUGGUGUCUGUCAACAAGACCUCUCUCCUGCUGUGGGACAGAAGAACAAUGGAGCCUGUUACCGUUGUGGAAGAAGCCAAUAUACAGAAAGUAGUACCAUUCUUGGCCAUGCGACUGGAGACAGGAGCCUUUAAAUGUCUGAGUGGGAACAAGUGUAUUGAGGAGAAACAUCACUGUGAUGGCGUGCAGCAAUGUCCAGAUGGCUCAGAUGAGCUCAGCUGCUGGAAACCAACCCAAGACUGUGCUCUACGCUGUGACAGCAACAUGCGCUGCAUCCCAGAGAGCUGGCUAUGCGAUGGCAACCCAGACUGCCUUGACGAAGCAGAUGAGCAGGGCUGCGUUCACGAAGAGUGCAGCAAAUCCGAAUUCCAGUGCAAGAGUGGCCAAUGCAUCUCUUACUCCAUGCGCUGUGAUGGGGACAAUGACUGCAAGGACCGCUCUGAUGAGGAGGACUGUGCAGUCCCCAAGCCACUGCUGUGCCACCUGGGGGAGGUGAAGUGCCCCAGAAGUGGGGAGUGUGUGCUGAAGGACUGGCUCUGUGACGAGGAUAUAGACUGCAAGGAUGGCACUGAUGAGCAGGACUGUGAGCGUGAGAAACUCCAGUGCAGCACAAUGCAGUGGUCCUGCAGCAGUGGAGACCAGUGUGUUCCAGAUGUCUGGCGCUGUGAUGGGGAGCAAGACUGCAGAGAUAGCAGUGAUGAAACUGGAUGUGAGCUGAAGAAGUGCCAGAGUCAUGAAUUCCAGUGUGGGACUCAUGAAUGUCUCAACUACACCCUGGUCUGUAAUGGCAAGAAGGACUGUACAGAUGGGUCGGAUGAAGGUGGAAAGUGUCUGUCUCCAUGUGAGAAACCCUGUUCUCAGACCUGCUACCAGUCACCUAAUGGACCUAGGUGUGCUUGCCAAUGGGGAUUCAAACUGAGCAGCAACAGAGUGUCCUGCACAGACAUCAAUGAGUGCCAAGAGCAUGAGCCAUGCAGUCAGACCUGUGUCAAUACAAAUGGCACCUACAGCUGUACCUGUCACCCAGGCUACCUGCUGGAACCAGAUGCCCACACAUGUAAAGUGACUGGGUCAGAGCCAAAAUUGCUUGUAGCAAUCCAGUCUGAGCUAUUGCUCUACGGGCUGAGGAGUUUGAAAGAGGACAUCCUGAUGACGAUUGACAAGAACCUGAUCAUCUUCUCUCUUGACUACGACUUGGUGGAGCAGAAGGUCUUUUGGAUGGAUCUCAAUGCAGAAAGUAUCAAAUGGAUAACCAUGAACACCCAGAAAAAAGGAACACUUGUGAAAGGCAUCAAGUCUGACUGCAUUGCAGUGGACUGGAUUGGGAGGAAUCUCUACUGGACAGAUGGGACAGCAGGAGAGCUGCUGGCCACUUGGCUGAAUGCUACUUGGAGAGGCAACCCAGAGUACACCGUGGUUCUGGAUGGAGACUUGGAUCAGCCUCGCUCACUGGCUCUGCAACCACUGCAAGGCUUAAUGUACUGGUCUGAAAUAGGGGACAAACCUCAAAUAGAGCAAGCUGGCAUGGAUGGCAGCAACAGGAAAAUCCUCAUUGACGAAGGGCUGGGCUGGCCGACUGGCUUAGCUGUCGACCUCCUGAGCUGGAAAAUCUUCUGGUCUGAUGAUAAGCUUCACUGCAUUGGCUCUGCCAACCUGGAUGGCACUGGCAUAAAGGUGUUCCAGCUGACCCAGAUCAAGAGCCCUUUCUCAGUAGCUGUGUUUGAGGAUGAUACCUACUGGUCUGAUAUGAAAACCAGGACUGUGCAGAAAGUGGACAAAAAGACUGGCAAGAACAGGACUGUGCUGAUCAAGCGUCAUGGGCAGCCCUAUGGCCUAAAGAUAAUGCAUGAAGUGCUACAACCAACAGCCCCUAACCCUUGUCGGGAACUUGGCUGCUCCCACUUAUGUCUGCUGAACCCAAAACACAAAGGAAGCUGUCGGUGUCCAAUUGGAGAAGUGCUUGCUGAUGAGAAGAACUGCAUUCCUCUUAAGGAUUCAGCAUUCAUGUUCCUGGUUGCCCCAACAGUGAUUACUCAGGUGUACCUGAAAAAGCUGCCCUCUGCAGCCAGGGGGGCAACUCUUCCUGAGCACAGAGUUUUCCCUCUCACUAAUGUGAACUACUUGACAGCCAUAGACUACUCAGUGCGGGAUAAGGCCCUCUACUUUGCUGACCGGGAAGAUGGCUACAUCAGGCGGCUGAGAAUCAAGGACUCUGGCAAGCUGUCCUGGAAGGGAGUGGUGCCAGUGGAGGGCACUGUGGUAUCUCUAGCCCUCGACGGGCUGAGUGGCAACAUCUACUGGAUCGACAGCCAGAAUCCAGAUAUUCGAGUGGCAACUUCAAACGGCCGCUACACUCUUGUGCUGAUCAGCAACGAGCUCUAUCACGCAGUCUCGGUUGUACUGCACCCCCCUACUAGCAUGAUGUGCUUUGCUGACUUGGGUAUGGAGAACCAUAGUGUUGGCCCGAAGAUUGAGUGUGCAUCCAUGGAUGGAAGCAGCAGAAAGGUGCUCUGGAGGAAAUCCCAAAGGCCAGUUGGCCUAACUUUUGGAGACACUGGCACUCGGCUCUACUGGGCUGACCAUGCAAAAGGUGUUGUCGAAAGCAUUCAGCUGGAUGGUUCCAGGUUCAGGAUAAUUCGGGGAGGGCUGCAUGGCCUCACACUCUUCGCAGCCGGUGAAGGGAUGAUGGUCUGGACAACUACCCGCAAUGGCUUAACUAGAGUGUGGCAUAGCAAACUGGAACUUAUGGAAAACUGGUGGUUUCAAGUGGACCAGAAGAUUGUGGACCUAAAAAUCUACAGCAAGUUCACCCAACAAGGCAGUAAUGGCUGUUCGGAGAACAAUGGGGGAUGCAGCCAGCUCUGCUUGCCAAACCAUCAGGGAAGGGUCUGCAAAUGCACUGUCGGGUACCAUCUGGAGCACAGUACCAAAUGUACUAGAGCUGUGAUGUGCCCUGAACCACUUGAAGCCUGCAAAGAUAAGCUGAAAUGCUUUACCAGGGAGCAAGCUUGUGAUGGCCACAAUGACUGCUUGGAUGGAUCUGAUGAGCUGGCUUGCAAAUACCUGGACAGAGAGAAGCCCUGGUCUACAACAGCCCCAACUCCAGCAAAGCCAGGCUUUGGAAAGGAAGAGGAAGUACUAGCACCAACAUGUGUCCAGACAAUCACCAAAAGACCUAUCACUGGAACCAGAUACCUGCACCCAAAAGGGACAAAGUACCCUGGAAGAAAAACCCCAGCUAUACAGACACCUCCCCCAUACAGAGAAAGCAGGACCACCGUAUCUAGUAUGUGGGAAUACACAGAACCGUCUACUUCACCUGAGAACAUUGAAAGUGGUCCAGAGCCCCAACCUUGCAGCCGUGAAACCUGUAACAUGAGAGGGGACUGUACCAUUGAAGAGGACCGAGUGAAGUGUAGCUGCAUGUUGGGGUACAGUGGUGAUUACUGUGAAGAGACAGAGGUCAAAUCUGCCACUGGUCCCAUUAUCUUAGGCACAGCUGUAGUCUUGCUCAUAGUCAUGGCAGUGGUGGGAGCUUUUGUCUACAUGAGGCGGCAACACACUCUAAAGAGGACCUCCAGUACAGCAUCCUCUAAGACUCUGACCAGCUACCACAAGGACAGCGACCUCAUGGAAGAAGAGAACCUCACAAACAAUGAGACCUUCAUCAAUGAAGCCUAUGACAGAGAACAGGUGUGA